AUGAUCACCAAUGAAAGUGUCAACAAUUGGCUCAACUCUGGCACCAAUCACAUGAACCACACGUACGAUGGCAUCAGGAAUGUCGAGGAAUUCGUGGAGAGACGGAAGAUCAAUGGGAUCACUUGGUAUCACUGCAAAUGGCAUCAGUGCUCCUAUGCCUCCAACAAAUCCAAUCAUUUGGUGCGGCACAUACGUAAGCACACAGGGGAGCGACCAUUUUCGUGCAAUUGGCCUAAUUGUGACAAAAAGUUUACCGAUUCGUGGAAACAAAAGGACCACAUAUUGACACAUAAACGCAAACUCAUGUCUAUUCCGCAAAACCAUACGCCGACUGACAGCAAAAGUGAUGAUCAUUUGAAACAAUUUGUGGAAAUGUUGAACACAAAUACCAAACUUUGUGAACCCAUUGACAACGAAUGCGAUUCCAAAGCCAAACAACAGUUAGAAGACAGGGAUGAAAGGGAUGACGAUAUGAACACUGAUUUAAAUAUGUUUAUACCAGAAGUUAUAGUCAGUGAAGUGGACUUAAGUGUAGAUAAUGUGACAAAUAGUGACACAAAUGUAUCACCGGAUGAAUUGGUCGAUAAUGUGGCCCAGUUUUUCGAGAAAAGUCUUAUGAGUGGCAGGGAGUGGUUCCGGUGUAAAGCUGCAGACUGUAAUUAUGGAACUCCUAAAAGCCAUUAUCUCAUACGACAUAUACGUUCAGCUCAUGGCCAGGGAGUGAAUGAGCGGCUGUUUGGCUGCGAGUGGCCCGACUGUUACAAGAGGUUUACGGACGCAUACAAACUGAAAGAGCAUCAGUUGACUCAUUACAGGAAAUUUAUUACAACUGUUGGAAACAAUAAUAAGAAUUCAAUGGAUUUAGUCUUUGAUCUCAACAACAAAAGUGACACUCAAAUGGAUAAUAAUGUAGUGAUUAGUGAAGUGAAUAAUACGGUGCAAACAAACGGAUUGACUACCAGUGCCAACGGUUUGAAUAGAUUGGCGAACCGAAUGACAUUCAAUGUGAGCGACCAACAGACCACUCAACUGUUGAGCCCCAAGAAGGUUGUCAUGUCUAUCAAGAAUGUGGAACAGUAUGUGGAGCGCCGCAAAGUGGACGGUUUGACCCGUUAUUUUUGUCAGUGGCCUAACUGUGUCUACUCGAGUAACAAAAGCAAUCAUUUGGUGCGACACAUCUGCAGCCACACCAAUGAGCGCAACCAUUGCUGUGAUUUCAUCGGUUGUGGUAAAAAGUUUACUGAUAUUUGGAAACUCAGAGACCAUAAGAUGUGUCAUAAUCUCAAUGUGUCGGUCAGUAGUAGCAGUCCUGCGCCCCAAAAAUCUUCACCGCAAGUCACCGCAAAGGCAUCCAAUCAAUCGUUUUAUACGCCCAAUGCUAACAGACUUUUGAUACAAAGUUUGUGUUCCCCUCCCCUCCCACUACUGCCUACUCUUCCCCUUCCGUUAAAUUAUAACAAAAUGAGUGUGAAAUCAAAAAGUCCAGUCGAUGUGGUGAUGUCCAUCAAGAAUGUGGAGCAAUAUGUUGAGCGCCGCAAAGUGAACGGAAUUACAUUUUAUUUCUGCAAAUGGCAGGACUGUAAUUACGGAUCAAAUAAAAGUAAUCAUUUGGUACGACAUGUGCGCUCACAUACCGGCGAACGUCCGUAUGAAUGCGACGAAUGCGAGAAAAAGUUUACGGACUCCUGGAAACUAAAGGAUCACAAAUCGAUUCACGCGAAAAAGCAUUUGGAAAAAUCUAUAACUGAACAGAAUUUGGCGUUUUUUAACUUAUUUAACAGCAAUCAAAACGAUUUACAGAUUAGUUUAACAGAUAAUUCAUUUCAACUGCCAAUUGAUUUGAAUAUAAAACAAGAAAUUAAGUCAAAUGAGAGAUCAAUGAAAUGUGAAGACAACGCCAAUGAGAAGACAAUGGAUGACAACCUAUUGUCGCAAUCAUUGGACGAUAUGGACGACAAUGAGUUCAAUGAAAUGGAAGAAAUAGAUCUCUUCGUUCCGCAGGUUAUUAUCGAUGAAUCGGACGAUACUUUCGUGAAUUUAAAUAACGAUUUACAAGAGGACGAGACAAAAGUGAUUGAUUCGACCGAUGACUCCAAUUAUGGCAUUUUGUCGAUUAAGAAUGUCGAGCAGUAUAUCGAUAAAGUGGUCAAAAAUGAUGGCAAUUGGUAUGAAUGCAAGUGGAAUGGCUGUGCGUUCACCACCCAAAAGAGUAGUUACGCUGUAAUCCAUGUCUACAAACAUUUGGGACAAAAGCCAUACAAAUGCAAAUGGAGUGACUGUGACGCGAAAUUCAAUAAAAAGCAAAACCUAACCAUUCAUAUGAUGUCUCAUACGGGGGAACAGGUGUUCAAAUGCCAAUAUCCGCACUGCUAUUACACAGCCAUUAGUCCGGAAGCACUUGGAGGGCACACACAGAAACAUAACGGGGAGAAGCUGUUCCACUGCGGAUGGAAUGACUGCAGCGCACAAUUCGCCACUAGUAUUGAACUGUUAAGACAUUCAAAGACACACACAGGUGUCCGACUUUAUAGAUGCCAUUUCCCUAACUGUACGUAUGUCUCCAAAUAUAAUAAUAAGUUAACGAUUCACGUGAGACGACACACCAAUACGCGGCCCUUCAAGUGUGAGGUCGAGAAUUGUGGUAAAAGUUUUAUAGUUAAGGAUAAGUUGAGACGACACGAGGCCUCAGUCCAUAAGACUCUUCUACAGCAUACAAGAGUACCAAAAAUAGAUGUCAAUUAAUAUUACACUUAAAUAGUUAUCGUUAUAGUGAAAGGCCAGGGAUGGGAGACUUUAUUGGACACAAUUUUAGACAAUUUGCAACCAUUGAAAUAAUUGUUUUGUCACUCAAUGAGCACCAAUUGCUUGCUAAUUGGUCUCAUUGUUGAUACAGCAUUUGUUAGAUUAAAAUGAAAGUUCAAAUCAUAGUAACAAACUUUAAUAUAUUUAUUAUUAAAACAUAAACUUUUUGAAUGAAUUUGUUUGAGUAAUGAAUGCUAUUACCGUGAAAUUUAAAGUAAUUAAAAACAGCGAUAAAGUCUCUCUCUCUCUCUCUCUCUCUCUCUUU